GGCCCCCGUGCCAGCCGGCCGGGCACCCCGGCCCCAGCUGCCGCCCCCCAGCCCGCGUCCGCUCAGCCUUCCAGACAGGUGGCCGACAUGGAGGAGCUGACCAUCUGGGAACAGCACACGGCCACGCUGCACAAGGACCCCCGCCGCGGCUUCGGCAUCGCCGUCUCCGGAGGCCACGAGCGGCCCAGCGGAUCCGUGGUGGUGUCGGACGUGGUCCUCGGGGGCCCGGCGCAGGGCAGGCUGCAGACCGGGGACCACAUCGUCAUGGUGAACGGGGUCUCCGUGGAGAACGUCUCGUCGGCCUUCGCCAUCCAGCUCCUCAAGACCUGCAACAAGACGGCCGACAUCACCGUGAAGCGUCGCAGGGUCCAGCUGCCCGCCGCCAGGACCGCGGCCCACGCGCCCUCCGACCGGGAGGAGGCUGACCACGGCCGGGGCUACGAGGGCGACUCCUCCAGCGGCUCCGGCCGGUCCUGCACGGAGCCUUCCCGCCGGGCCAGGGCGGGACGCCGCGGCCGCGUGGGCAGUCACGGGCGCCGCAGCUCGGGAGGCGGAUCUGAGCCCAACGGACUGGACCUGGUCGGGUACAAGCGCCUGCCGACAGACGUGCUCAUGAGGCCGCUCAAGUCCGUGCUGGUGAAGCGGAGGAACAGCGAGGAGUUCGGGGUGAAGCUGGGCAGUCAGAUCUUCAUAAAACACAUCACGGAUUCUGGCCUCGCCGCUCGGAACCGCGGGCUGCAGGAAGGAGACCUCAUCUUGCAGGUCAAUGGGGUGUCCAGUGCGAACCUGUCCCUGAGCGACACGCGGCGGCUCAUCGAGCAGUCGGAGGGGGAGCUGACGCUGCUGGUGCUGCGGGACAGCGGGCAGUUCCUGGUGAACAUCCCCCCCGCGGUGAGCGACAGCGACAGCUCGCUGAUGGAAGACAUCUCGGACCUGAACUCGGAGCUGUCGUCCCAGGCGCCCCCGUCCCACGUCCCUCCGCCACCUCUGCAGGGUCCGCCGAGCCCCGAGCCCAGCCAGACGGACUCGGCAGAGGAGAGCCCACAGCCCCGGAGGCGGGACCGCUCGGUGGAUUCCAGAGCCGUCGCUGAACCGGAGGACCCUGGAGAAAGUCGCUACGACAUUUACCGGGUCCCCAGUCGGCAGAGCCUGGAGGACCGUGGCUACAGCCCGGACACUCGCGUAGUGCGCUUCCCCAAGGGUGCGAGCAUCGGCCUGCGGCUGGCCGGUGGCAACGACGUGGGCAUCUUCGUGUCCGGGGUGCAGGCGGGCAGCCCGGCCGACGGGCAGGGCAUCCAGGAAGGGGACGAGAUCCUGCAGGUGAAUGGCAUGCCCUUCCGGAACCUGACCCGGGAGGAGGCUGUGCAGUUUCUGUUGGAGCUACCGCCGGGGGAGGACAUGGAGCUGGUGACGCAGAGCAAGCAGGACAUCUUCAGGAAGAUGGUCCAGUCCCGCGUGGGUGACUCCUUCUACAUCCGCACACACUUCGAGCUGGAGCCGAGCCCGCCCUACGGCCUGGGCUUCACCCGAGGCGACGUCUUCCACGUGGUGGACACCCUGUACCCAGGCUCGGGGCCGGGCCACGGCGGCCGCGGGGGCCUCUGGCUGGCUGCCCGCAUGGGCCGAGAUCUCCGAGAGCAAGAACGCGGCGUCAUCCCCAAUCAGAGCAGGGCGGAGCAGCUGGCCAGCCUGGAGGCCGCGCAGCGGGCCGCGGGUGUGGGUCCCGGCGCCUCCUCCGUCUCCAACCCCCGGGCCGAGUUCUGGCGGCUCCGGGGGCUCCGCCGAGGGGCCAAGAAGUCAGCGCAGCGGAGCCGCGAGGACCUGUCAGCGCUGACCCGGCAGGGGCACUACCCGCCCUACGAACGCGUGGUGCUGCGAGAAGCCAGCUUCAAGCGCCCCGUGGUGAUCCUGGGGCCGGUGGCCGACAUCGCCAUGAAGCGGCUGACAGCAGAGAUGCCCGACCAGUUCGAAAUUGCAGAGAGCGUGUCCCGGACUGACAACCCAUCCAAGAUCAUCAAACUGGACACGGUGCGGGUGAUCGCGGAGAGGGACAGGCACGCGCUGCUGGACGUGACGCCGUCGGCCAUCGAGCGCCUCAACUACGUGCAGUACUACCCGAUCGUGGUCUUCUGCGCGCCCGAGAGCCGCCCGGCGCUCAAGGCGCUGCGCGAGUGGCUGGCGCCCGCCUCGCGCCGCAGCAGCCGCCGCCUGUACGCGCAGGCGCAGAAGCUGCAGAAGCACAGCGGGCACCUCUUCACCGCCACCGUCCCCCUGCACGGCACCGGCGACGCCUGGUACGAGGAGGUCAAGGCCGCGGUGCAGCAGCAGCAGGCGCGGCCCAUCUGGACGGCGGAGGACCAGCUGGACGGCUCCUCCGAGGACCUGGAGCUGCCCGGCCGCGGCCUGGACGCCAGCUCCGGGGACCUCAGCUGUGACAGCCGGGCCAACAGCGACUGCGAGGACACGGACGGCGUCUACACGGACGGCGAGGGCGGCGUCUACACGGACGGCGAGGGCGGCGGGCCCCACGACCCCCACGACCCCCAGGACGCCGAGGAGGAGCCCGCGCUCCCCGCCCUGGCCCGGUCCUCGGAGCCCGCCUGGGUGGAAGCCCGAGGGCUGCGGGGUCACGGGGCCACGGCCGCCGAGUGGGAGACGCAGGCCGGGAGCCGCCACCCGCAGGGCCAGUGGCGCCAGGACAGCAUGCGGACGUACGAGCGCGAAGCCCUGCGGAGGAAGUUCACGAGAGCCCGGGACGCAGAGUCCUCGGACGAAGGCUACGACUGGGGCCCGGCCACCGACCUGUGACCGCGGACGCCGCGCACCCUCCCUCCGGCUCCCCAGCCUCAGUUUCCCCCGCAGGACCCAGGGCCAGCGACCAUUUAAUAAACCU